CUGUCUGAGUCUUUUGAAAUUCCUGCAUGUUCGCCCCAGAUUAAACCGAGCGUCUCCGGCCGCGCGCUGCGUCCUGAACGCGCGCUGUGCAACGUGUCUGGGGGCGGCGGCCAGGCGGGCGGGCGGGCGGGCGGGGCGGCGGCCCGGAGCUGUCCGCCCCGCACGUUUCCAAUCGCAUUACGUGAACAAAUCGCCGAGGGCCGGCCGCGCCAGGACGGCUUGUGUAACUUUGCAAACGUGCCAGAAAGUUUAAAAUCUCCCCUUCUUCCUCCUCUGCAGACGCUGCCCGCACGCCGGGCCACUGUGCCGCUCCCCGCCUUCCAGAGCGACCCAGAGAGGCGAGAGCCACACGAGCCACGUCCCAGCAGCCACCCCAACUGGGGAAAGGGCCACGGCGGGGCUGAGGGACAGGCCUUGCGCCCCCCUCCCGCUCCCCUUCCUCACGUGACCUGAGCCUCAUUUUUUUGUUUGUUUUGUUUUUUCCAUUUUCUCCGAGCAGCGAGUGCUGGGGACAACCCCGUGCUGGGAGCGAUGCUCUGCGCCUGGACGGUGCUCCUGCUCGGGCCACUGCAGCUCUGCGCUUUGGUGCGCGGAGCCCCGCAGACUGCAGGCCAGCAGCGGCCCCCGCGUGAGCCGCAGCCACAGCCGCAGCCCGCUGCUCCGGGCACCUGGCGUCACAGGAUCCAAUGGGAGAACAACGGGCAGGUGUUCAGCCUGCUGAGCCAGGGCGCCCAGUACCAGCCGCAGCGUCGCCGCGACCCGGGCGCUGCCGCCCAGGGUGCCCAGCGCGCCGCCGGCCAGCAGCCCCGCACGCCAGUGCUGCUGCUGCGUGACAACCGCACGGCCGCGGCGGGGGCCACCGCCAGCCGCCCCCGGCCCGCCGCCCGCCACUGGUUCCAAGCCGGCUACUCGCCAUCUGGGGCCAGUGAUGCCAGCCCUUCGCGCACAGGCAACCGCACGGCACAGGGCGAGCUCCCGGCGCUCAGUAACCUGCGGCCGCCCAGCCACGUGGACCGUAUGAUGGGUGACGACCCGUACAACCCCUACAAGUACUCGGAUGACAACCCCUAUUACAACUACUACGACACCUACGAGAGGCCCCGGCCUGGCAGCAGGUACCGGCCCGGGUAUGGCACCGGCUACUUCCAGUACGGUCUCCCGGACCUGGUGCCGGACCCCUACUACAUCCAGGCGUCCACGUAUGUGCAGAAGAUGGCCAUGUACAACCUGCGCUGCGCUGCGGAGGAGAACUGCCUGGCCAGCUCAGCAUACAGGGCGGAUGUCAGAGACUACGAUCACAGGGUGCUGCUCAGAUUCCCCCAGAGAGUGAAAAACCAAGGCACUUCAGACUUCUUACCAAGCCGACCACGGUACUCCUGGGAAUGGCACAGUUGUCAUCAACACUACCACAGCAUGGACGAGUUCAGCCACUACGACCUGCUUGAUGCCAACACCCAGAGGAGAGUGGCUGAAGGGCACAAAGCGAGCUUCUGUCUGGAGGACACCUCCUGCGACUAUGGCUACCACCGACGAUUCGCGUGUACUGCCCACACACAGGGGCUGAGUCCCGGCUGCUACGACACCUACGCUGCAGACAUAGACUGCCAAUGGAUUGACAUUACAGACGUACAGCCUGGCAACUACAUUCUCAAGGUCAGCGUCAACCCCAGCUACCUGGUGCCGGAGUCAGACUACAGCAACAAUGUUGUUCGUUGUGACAUUCGCUACACAGGACAUCACGCGUAUGCCUCGGGCUGCACAAUUUCACCGUAUUAGGAAGCCAGCUCAAGCUCCCCAUGGAUCAAUCAGUGCCUGGUGUUCUGAAGUGGGAAGAACGUAGAGAAGCUUCAGUAGGAUUACAUAUUUUGAAAAAAGAGAACAGAAAACAAUAACAGAAUUUUUGUUGAGACUGUUCUGCAUCAAAAUACAUAACUGGAUUUUGAACAUCUACAUCAACAUUAUUUGGGAAACUCUUAAUACUUAUUAUUCACAGUAUUUCAUGAAAUAGCACAAUGUUUCAAUGCUGUAGUUGCAUCCCUGGCUUUUUCA